UCAAAGUGACAACUGACAAGUAUAAUUUUUAAUUUUAUUUGAAUGCACUUACUCAUUUUAAAUAAAUAUAUUAAUUUUAGUACAAUUGUAUAAAUACAUAUUAUUAAAUAUCCGCUAUCCUUCAAUAUGAACAAACAACUACUGAAAUCAAAAACCCCUUUAACAUUGUUAGUUCGUUGUAGAGGUUAUAAGCAUCCAGGAGGAAUCCGAUACCCAGGAGGAAUAACAUAUUAUCCAAGAGACCCAAAUCAUAAAGAUCCUGAGUAUACUCCCUCAAAAUUGUUUAGAGUGGAACAAAUUAAAACUAGUAAGCAUCACCCAUGGUGGGAAAAAAAAGUUUUGAGUGAACUCAAACUUGAAAGAAUUAAUCAAGUUGCAAUUGUAAAAAAUAUACCUGAAAUGAAUGCUAAGUUAUGGUCUAUCAAACAUCUGGUUAAGGUUACCCCAAUAACCUUCCCUUAUGGAGAACCUACAGAAGAGGAUAUUAAGCACACAAUUCUUAAAGAAAAUGGUCAAUGUAUAGUUACAAAAACUUUACAACCGGAACAAACAAAAAUUGAAGCUUUAGAAAACUUUGAAAAUGACCCAAAGAAAAUGGACUCGACAACAAUAAAAAGAGAUUCAAGGUAUAAAUGGAAUAAUGCUUUCAGUGGAGGAUUUUAACAAACCUUAAGAUUAUAAUUGUAGUUAUAAUUAGUAAUUAAAAAUUUAAAUGUAAA